UUCGAAGUCGUACUACGUACACUCAGUCCAUUUCUACAGAAUUGAUGGUGGCAUCAAUCAGAUCGUGCGCGCAUCGAUACCAUGUGGAGGCUGGCCGCCCUGCAAAGCAUUCCAGCCAUCCCGAAUAACAGUGAUCGACGGAGUAUGCUUGGCAACUGAUUUUGCUGAACUGCAUGCCAAUCUGGAGAGUCCGUGGCUUGCUCCCUCCCGCCCGAAGCCGCCGUUGCACAACCCUAUGCGUCGGCAAUGGGCCUGUUAUUUGACUCCUCAGCCUUUUUUCCGCAUACGACAGAUAUGUCUCAGCUGAUCUGGCAAGGAUGGGCUCCUUCAAGGCACCAUGCCGUCCGACAUUGGUGGCCGAAACCGUCUCCUGAGCCCAUAUAUUCUCAGAUCAGCGCGAUAACUAAAAUGCCCUUCUUCCCGUGUCUGCCCUAGUUUCUUUUCUUUCUCUUUCCUUGUCUAGAUGUCCCUUUCUACCGUCCAAUACCGCCCAAUAUGCAUUACUACUCUCUGUGUAUAGCAGUGGCCGGCCUGCUAGUUACGCGACCUGUUGUGGGCUCAAGGCACGGAAAAACUCCCUUUGGUCGAGAUCUGCAAUUACUGGCGCAGCUGGGCAUCAGUCCAGACCUGAGAGGAUUUGGCCAUCAUGACCUUCAGCAGUUGGUGUCCCACUCGGCCAUGGCCACCGCCUUAGAGGCUGAAACCAUCACAAUUCCUCUUGAUCAUGAUAAUUCAUCUGCUGGUACAUACGAGAACCGGUUUUGGGUGAACGAUGAGUUCUUCGAACCUGGAAAGCCCAUCAUGUUGUACGACGCCGGGGAGACAAACGCCGAAGCCACGGCCUAUGCACACCUCACGUCUUCCCUGUCCUUCUUCCGGCCGAUGCUGGAGGAGUUCCACGCGAUGGGCAUAGUCUGGGAGCACAGAUACUACGGAGAAUCCACCCCGUGCUCCAUUGACUUCGACACGCCCCCAGAGACCUUGAAAUACCUGGAUACCAAACAGUCCCUGGCCGACAUCCCUUACUUUGCCCGUAAUUUCAGCCGCGAAAGCUACCCCGACGUCGAUCUGACCCCGCAAGGCACACCGUGGAUCAUGGUGGGCGGCUCCUACGCUGGAGUGCGCGCCGCGCUGACUCGCAAUGAAUACCCGGAGACCAUCUUUGCCGCCUUCUCCUCAUCCGCUCCCGUGGAGGCCCGGAUGAAUAUGACGAUGUAUUUUGACCAAAUCUACCGCGGAAUGAUCGCCAGUGGAUGGACUAACUGCACCUUGGACAUUCGCGCGGCACUGAACUAUAUCGACGAUCAGCUAUCAAGCGAUGAGACCGCGUCCUCGAUUAAGCGACUUUUCUUCGGGUCUGGCGCCGAGAACAACACGAACGGCGACUUCACCGCUGCCCUCACCGGGAUAUAUGGAUUCUUCCAGAACUAUGGAAUGGCCGGGGGCACCGGGGGACUUGGCUCGUUCUGCAAGUACCUGGAAACCGACCCCAACACGAACAAAACCGCAGGUGCUGACGGCCUGGCCACUAUCUACGGCAACAAAUUUAUGGCUGAACGGUGGGCGCAGUGGCCGGUCUUCACAGAGCUGGUCAACGAGAACAUGGACACCAACUGCCAGAUGUUGAACACGUCCCGGACGCUUGAUUGCGACUUCUCCAAGCCGUAUGGCGAUGCUUCUGCCAUCAGCUGGACGUGGCAAUACUGCUCCGAAUGGGGAUUCUACCAGGCCAACAACGAGGGGCCCCACGCCCUUCUCUCGCGAUACCAGACCCUGGAGUACCAGCAGGAAGUGUGUAACCGGCAGUUCCCCAGCGCCAUCCCAAAAGGGCUAUUACCUCCUCAGCCCCUGACGGAGGAGCUUAAUCACGAGCAUGGCGGUUGGACGAUCCGACCCUCCAACGUGUAUUUCAGCGGCGGCGAAUUCGACCCCUGGCGCAGCCUGUCGCUGCUCUCCACCGAGGAUGUCGCACCCCAGGGCAUUCAGUUUUCUAGCCAGAUCCCCGAUUGCGGUGUGAAGACAACUCAGGACACGGUCUUCGGGUACAUCAUGGAAAACUCCGAACACUGCUUUGACUUCCAGGCCGCUGAGACCGUCGGCAAGCUCUCCCGCGGCAUCUUCACCUCCGCGUUGCUGCAAUGGCUGCCAUGUUUCGGACAGCAGACUGCUGUCCACCCAACCCGGCUUGAGGGGGAAGGGGCCGUGUGAUGGAAGCCUACCUACCUAUCUACCCCGGGCUGCUCAGAACUUGUAUAUAUCUCUGUUUUGCUCCAGCUGUUGAUAGUUUUUGUAGAACUAAACCGAGAAUGCUGACAAAUAUCCAUGAUGACUCUAAAUUUGAAUGAAGAUAAACAUGCUCCAGGCAGG